GUAACACCCACACACAUACCUUUCUGCCAGUAGCGCAGAGGAAAAUGGCUGACAUACUGUAUCUGUUAGGAUCCUGCCAGGAUUCUUUUGGUUUAUGAUUUCUCUUAAGAUUUGGCGUAGGAGUAUCUGUUUAUCUUUGGCAAUACUAAGGUGUUUUCAGGACCAAGAUGGACACCUUUGACAACAACGGGACCAGCAUAACCAAUUACAGUGCCUUCUAUUGUCGCUUUCAAGAGGAUUUCAAAUAUAUUCUCCUUCCUGUCAGCUAUGCUCUGGUCUUUGUAAUUGGCCUGGCGCUGAAUGCCACAGCUUUAUAUGUGAUUGUGUUCCGCACUAAGCGCUGGAAACCCUCCACUAUCUACAUGUUCAACCUGACGGUGUGCGACACGCUCUACAUCCUCACCCUGCCCUUCCUCAUCUAUUACUAUGCAGACGAGAACGAUUGGCCCUUCACCGAACCAGUCUGCAAGAUCAUACGCUUCCUGUUUUAUACCAACUUAUAUGGUUCCAUUCUGUUCCUGUGCUGUAUCAGUCUGCAUCGCUUCAUUGGCAUCUGCUAUCCAGUGCGCUCCCUCCACUGGGUCAACGCACGUCGGGCGAAGCUGGCAUCCGUGGCAGUGUGGGCCUUUGUUUUACUCUGCCAGGCACCUAUUCUCUACUUCUCAAGAACAAGGGAUAUAGAGGCUGAGCAGCGGGUCUGCUACGACACCACCAGCCCAGAGCUCUUUGAUGACUUCUUGGUGUACAGCUCAGUUGUGUCAGUGCUCAUGUUCGCCCUGCCCUUCAUGGUGGUGAUGGUGUGCUACGGCCUCAUGGUGAGGAAGCUUCUGGAGCCUGGCUGGGGGUCUGAAGGGGGUGAGAGGGGAGGCAUGUCCGCCUCACGUUCCAAGCAGAAGUCAGUGAAGAUGAUCAUCAUCGUGCUGGCAGCGUUCAUGCUCUGCUUCCUGCCUUUCCAUCUCACCAGGAGUCUCUAUUACUCCUUUAGAUACCUGCGGCAGGUCAAUCCAGACCAGAUCAGCUGUACGUUGCUGGAGGCCUCCAGUGUGGCCUACAAGGUGACUCGCCCUUUUGCCAGCGCCAACAGCUGUUUGGACCCCAUCCUUUACUUCCUGGCUGGGCAGGACGCCCGCAGUAACCUCACCAAGAAGAUCAAGUCAUCUAUAGCGAAUCCGACAAGUAUGAGCGAACGCUUGACAACACAAUUCUGAUCCAGUAUCUGAAACUAUCCUGGUUAAAAUGAGAAAAGGCAUGUGGGGACAAGUACGGUACUCAUACUUAUUGCUGGUGUCUUCUGGUAGAUGUGACACCUCGUACACUGACACUGACAGAGGUUUCAUUCAGAUUUACAUCAUUACACUGCUUGAAUUAAAAUAUUGACAGUAUGAUGACUGAAGGUUAGAAAUAAACAUUUAAAUCACAUGGUGCCCUCCUGACUGGAGGCACUAGAGGCCAGUAAAGGAUUUUUAUACAUGUGUUUUGUUAUGUUUAAUAAGUUAUGGUGAAUGGACAAAACUGAACUACAUGGUUGUUGUUAAUGAUUCUACUGGAUGACUGCACUACACCAGCCUUAUUGAAAAUGUGCUGUAGCACUGUGUGUGCGUCACUCUGUGUCUUAAUAUGUGAAGGAACUCAAAAUUAUAUUAUAAAAACAAACAUGUAAACAUUUUGACAGAAUGUUUGUAGAGAUACAUUUUUAUAAUUUGUCUCAUGUACAUACUGCAUUUGCUUAAUCUAGAUGCCAUAAUUUGUGUAAAGUAAAAUAUAAUUCCUCAAAAUGGCUGUAAAAUUAGUAUAUUUUUCUAAGAAGAGUAGUUGAAGUAUGUUUCAUGAUUUCCUCUGAUGUUAGGUCACUGAUUUUCUCUUAGUAAGUGUCAUUAUUAAAACCACACAGCCUCUGAGCAAUUGAGCAGACUAUUUGAAACCCCAGGAAGUAAGUUGUCACAUUUUUUGCUAAUGAGUUUUGAAAGUAUAAACUGUGAUUUGUGGGAAGAGUAACCUAAGUUGCUCUGCAUCUGAGCCAUGUGGUAAAUCUAAAAGUUAUCGGCUACAUGGAGACACUACAGAUGAAUAGGGUCAAUUUAGAGUCACUAGUUAGCCUGCAUGUCUUUGGACUGUGGGAGGAAGCCGGAGUACCCAGAGAAAAACCACGCUGACAUGGGGAGAACAUGCAAAAUCCACACAGAGGGGUUCUUCCACCCUCGGUAUGAACCAAGAACCCUCUUGUUGUAAGGCAGCCAUGCUAUCCACUGCACCACCAUGCCACCCAGGUAAAGAAGUAUUUUAGAAUUUUAUGGGAUGUACUGGUGCAGCAACGAGUCUGGGGCAAAAUCAAUUUGUAAUACAGAGCUUCAGACUGUUGCCGUUGUGUUGUUUACAUGCUCUGAGCAAUGAAAUAUAACACAUCUUCUUUGUAGCGUCCAUGCAGUUUCCACAUUAUGACUGAAAGCUCAUGAACACAGAAGAACAACUUCCGAACUGAGGAAUCCAAGGAGCAUGUAAACGCAGCAUUAUAUUAAAACAAUCAGUUUUGGUAUUACACAUUUUCUGAAAUGUUAUGCUUAAAUGUGCAUAAGCCACAUUACCUAAAUAAAUAUGCACCACUUUGCAUACAUUUCAUGAACACAAAUCUGAACUUUGUUCAAAGCCAGGUUCAAAUGUUU